AUGGUGACUCUGGUUGACUACAGUAUCGCUAAAGAAAUUGGUGCGCUACCAGAUACUCAAAAGUUAAUAUACGGCGGUAAACUACUCAGAGAUGGUGACACGCUCACCCAGGCUUUGCGACAGUUCAAAGUUGGAGAAAAACCAAUCAUCCAUAUGGUUUGCAGUACGCUAUUAACUACUGACCAGAAGAAAAAUCAGAAGGAAAUAGAAACUAGCACUGAACAACAGCCCACAGAAACUCCAAGUCAACUUAGUUUACCAACAACAGCGAAUGAGAAUCAGACCAUUUCAAAUGAUAGUUUACCAACAACAGCGAAUGAAAACCAGACCAUUUCAAACGCUAGUUUGCCAACAACAGCGAAUGAAAGCCAGACCACUUCAAGUGAUGGGCUAAGAAACAGAAUGCCAGGAACCAAUUUCCCACCUCAAUUUCCGUUCGCAAGCGGUACUCUAGGAAACUGGCAAUUUCCUUCGCCAGUGGAUAAUCAACCUGUAAUAAGGCCAGCCGAGGUGGCUCAUGCAGCCGCGGCAGCUGCUAGCUCAGCUUAUUGGUCCUAUUACUAUUGGUAUAUGUAUUACAACGCCGUCGGAAAUAAUAGACCGUCAAAUGUUCGAUACCAAAGUGGAUACCUAAUAAUACAACGACUCCCCAUAAGAAGACCGGUUCAAAAUGAAAAUGCUGAAAAUGUCAGAAAUGAGGGUGAACAGAACUUAGCUGAUAAUAAUUCGGACGCAAGAGAGAAUGAAAGUGGCGAUGUUAACAAUGCCAACGUAAAUCAGGAAUUGGAGCCGGAGUCACCUCCGUCUUUCAUGUUUGUUGCUCGCUCUUUUAUCGUCUCAUUUUUUACAUCUCUUAUUCCACAAAACCCGGAGGCAGCAUAA